AUGAAGUUCACCACCGCCAUUGCUGCCGCUAUCCUUGGCACUGCCGUCUACGGUGCGGCCCUCCCGGACCCGAACUGCCGCUUCCCAGGCAUGCCAUGCUCACGCAGUGCUGAGGCUGACCCUGCCUGGCACUCUGGUUUCCGCAGGCUCCCCGGUCAACCCAUUGGCAAGCGUGAAGCCGCGCCAGAGGCUGACCCUGAGGCCGACCCUAACUGCCGCUUCCCGGGCAUGCCCUGCUCGCGCAGUGCUGAGGCCGUUCCUGAACCCAUUGUGAAGCGUGUAGCUGAGCCGGAGGCCGACCCUGAGGCCGACCCCAACUGCCGUUUCCCGGGCAUGCCAUGCUCGCGCAGUGCUGAAGCCGUUCCUGAACCCAUUGUCAAGCGUGAACCCGAGCCAGAGGCUGACCCAAACUGCCGCUUUCCCGGUAUGCCUUGCUCUAAGUAG